ACCUGCCAACGCGUUUCCCUAGCAGUCAGAAGCGAAUACACUUUUACCAGGAACACUUUCUGCGUGUAUAGAUGAAUUUCAGACAAAGAGGAAUACUUAAAAUUGUCUGUUUUCCGGAAUCUGUCACAUUGGACUUGUCACAACUUGUCAUUAAACUUUCACAAAAUUGAUUUGGAGAGACGUUUUCAGCUGCUCCUCAUGAGCAUUGUACUGGGCAGCAAUAAACACACCGGGCUCAGGUGUAUCUCUAAAGACUGACCUGCAACGGAACCCGGAUCUUAUACAUUUUAAACUUGGAAACGAGAGACGAGAGGCGAACGAUUUCGUGGAAUUCUGUUGGUUUUUUCGAUGACUUGUAAGGUUGGACUUGGACUCAAAGUUAUUUGUGGAGAGUAAAGUGACAAUCAGUGUUCUGUGAUUGUUCUUUACCUGGAGGUUGGUUCACCAUGCUGUUGGCAGGUCUGUGGACGGUCCACAUGCUCCUGGCCCUGGUUGUUGGGGCUCUGUGCAAUCACAACAUCAACGACCCUCAUGCUUCACCCCGCGUCUUCAUCUCCUUCAAAGAGCUGAGGUCCACUGGCACUGCCCAACACUUUGCCUACCUGCUGAACACGUCUGACUAUCGUAUCCUGCGUAUGGACGAGGACGACGACCGCAUGUACGUGGGCAGCAAGGACCACAUCCUGUCCCUGGACCUGCAUGACAUCAACAAGGAGCCGCUCAUUCUCCACUGGCCUGUCUCCCAGCAGAGGAAGACUGAGUGUCUUCUAAGUGGAAAGGACACCAAUGGCGAGUGUGGGAACUUCAUCCGUCUGAUUGAGCCGUGGAACAGGACCCACCUGUAUGUCUGUGGGACUGGAGCCUACAACCCCGUCUGUACCUACGUCAACCGUGGACACAAAGCACAGGCCGCCAUGCACCUGCAGAUGCCCCAGACUGGAGCGAGGGCUAACCGUGCGGCCCAACCCAGCGCUGUGUUCGAGACACUGGGACUGAAGGAAUACAUAUGGCAUUUGGAGCCGGGAAAAGUGGAGUCUGGGAAGGGAAAGUGCUCCUACGACCCAAAGCUCAACAGUGUCUCGGCUUUGAUCAAUGGUGAACUCUAUGCUGGGGUCUACAUUGACUUCAUGGGAACAGACUCUGCCAUCUUCCGUACUGGGAAACAGACCGCGAUGCGUACAGACCAGUAUAACUCCAGAUGGUUAAACGACCCUUCCUUCAUCCAUGUGCAGCUCAUCCCUGACAGUGCAGAGAGGAAUGACGACAAGCUGUACUUCUUCUUCCGUGAGAAGUCUGCUGAGAUGGGCCAGAGUCCUGUGACCCAGGCCCGCAUCGGUCGGAUCUGCCUGAAUGAUGACGGUGGACACUGCUGUCUGGUCAACAAGUGGAGCACUUUCCUGAAGGCUCGGCUCAUCUGUUCAGUGCCGGGGGCCGACGGGAUCGAGACACACUUCGACGAGCUCCGAGAUGUUUACAUACAGCCGACGCAGGAUACCAAGACUCCUGUUAUCUACGGAGUCUUCUCUGUCUCAGGCUCAGUGUUCAAGGGCUCAGCAGUUUGUGUCUAUUCCAUGGCUGACAUCCGCCAGGUCUUCAAUGGACCCUUUGCCCAUAAGGAGGGGCCCAACUACCAGUGGGUGGCCUACACUGGGAAGAUCCCCUACCCUCGGCCUGGGACGUGCCCCGGUGGUACGUUCACCCCCAACAUGAAGUCCACCAAAGACUACCCAGACGAGGUGAUCAACUUCAUGCGGAACCACCCCAAUAUGUACAAUGCUGUGUACCCAAUACACAAGCGCCCCCUGGUGGUCCGGACCAACGUGGAAUACGAGUUCACCACCAUCACUGUGGACCAGGUGGCCGCGGUAGACGGGAACUAUGAAGUGCUGUUCCUGGGAACUGACAGGGGAACGGUUCAGAAGGUGAUUGUGUUGCCCAGAGACGACCUGCAGACUGAAGAACUGGUCCUGGAGGAGGUAGAGGUGUUCAAGGUUCCUACUCCGAUUAUAACAAUGAAGAUCUCGUCCAAAAGGCAACAGCUCUACGUGUCUUCUGAGCUUGGUGUUACCCACCUGGCCCUCCACCGCUGUGACGUGUACGGGGAGGCAUGUGCUGACUGCUGCCUGGCCCGGGACCCCUACUGCGCCUGGGAUGGAAGGUCCUGCUCCCGCUACUCCGCCUCGCAAAAGAGGUCUGACCCCUUUAGACGCAGCCGAAGGCAGGACGUCAAGUACGGGAAUCCCAUCCGUCAGUGCAGGGGCUUCAACUCCAAUGCUAAUAAGAACACCCUGGAAAUGGUGCAGUAUGGGGUGGAGGGCAGCAGCACCUUCCUGGAGUGCCAGGCCCGUUCACCUCAUGCCGCCAUCAAGUGGCACCUGCAAAGGGACAACAGUGACCGCCGUAAAGAGAUGCGCUCUGACGGGCGGGUACUGAAGACAGAGCAGGGUCUGCUGCUGCGUUCUCUCCUGCCCUCAGACUCCGGGGUGUACCAGUGCACGGCCACAGAGAAGAACUUCAAACACACGCUGGUCAAGCUGCAGCUAGUGGUCCUGUCCAGCCGAGCCGUCAACAACCUCCCGGUGGAGGGUGGGGGGCUGGGGCCGUCUCCGCCCAGCGCGGGUCAGUACAAGGACCUGCUGACCAUCCUGAGCCAGCCAGAGAUGGGCCUCAUCAACCAGUACUGUGAGGACUACUGGCAGCUGGGAGACUCAAUGAUGGGAGCCAUCAAGGGCAAAGACACGAAAGAACUCAAGGAGCAGAAGAAACCACGCAACCGCCGACAUCACAGCGAGGGAGAGGAGGAGGUGGAGACAUGAGGGGUCCCUUAACUCUCCCAAACCUCAAUGGCACUCUUUGGAAACUGGGAAAGACUCAACUUAAGAGAGUGACUAGGUGAAAGAAAUCUAAAAACACAAAUAAAAUACACAGAAGUGGUAAAAAACAAGAGGCAUACAAACACACCCCACAUCCCUUUGAACAAUACAGUAUAUGAUACACAGUAUUUAUUGUAAGUUGUAUAUAGAAUCAUUCAGUGGAUUUCUUUGUACUUAUAGAAAAAUGCUCUUUGUGUAUAGGUACCUUUUGGGCAAAUGUUGUUGUUAUUAUUGUUAUUAAUUGUAUUAUUGUUAUUACUGUCAUUACAAAAUUCUUCAUCUUUCCAUCUUUCGACAUUGACACCUCUGUUUGGAAUGUGUAAACUGGCAUGUAAAGGCUGUUCAUUGUGAACUGAAAGGUGUCAUUAUAAACAGAGAAAUUAACUGAGGGCUGGGGUAGAUGGAGAUAUAUCUAUCUUGCCUGUUGUUUGCUUUGACAGAAAUUCAAUACUCAAAUUAAGGGCUCGCCAGGAAUUGUUUGAACAUAGAGUAACCUCACCAUCACUGCAUAAGGACAAAGACUCCUCACUUUAAGUUUCAAGUUUUAUUUGUCUUAUGUACGGGAUACACAUGGUAUACACCAUCCAACCAAAUGCUUACUUGCAGGUUCCUUCUCGACAGUGCAACAACAUUAAGAAAAUAUUAAAGAUAAGAAUACGAACAUAAAAUAAAUAUCUCAGUAGAAUAGAAUAAACAUUUUAGCAUAAGUAUAAUACAGGAAGGCACAAUUUAUUGUCCAAUGUUUACAAGUGUUUUAGUGAAGGGGGGAUUCGGGGGCAAGUUCAAUGGCAGAGGAUGCACAAAUUCCUCCACUCAUUGGAUAGCUAUCCCUGUGAACCUGGUGUCUAAAUGACUAUAUUUAAUACCCAUGCUAUUUUAUUGGCUCCCUAAAUAGGUUGAUGGUUUUUAUUUCUGGCUUAAUUUGUUAUUCCUCACUAUACAGUAUAUGCCUUUGUCUCAGGCAAACCAGUUGUACUAAAUGCUGUGUUGCUAUGUAUCCUACAGUAUGCAUGAAAACAGCUCUACAUGGCCACGAUCAGGGUAGGUAUCAGUAUAUCAAAUUUUUCCAAGGCAAUUCAUAUUUGUGUGAGUGCGAAGGUUGACACUAUGAUUGUUAUUGAAUGGCCAGGUCAAUCAAAUAGAUAUUUUAACAAAAGGAUGAAAAAAAGGAUUCAAAUCUUACCUUUGAGCCGCUCAAUUGUGGUAAACUAAGUUGUGAAAAUGGUCAAGUAAAAAAGAAACAAACACCAUAGAUACUUAUCAAAUAAACAUUCUAAGGCUUUCUUUGGUUUAUCUAAAUAUCCAAUGGGAUUGAGUGUGAGGGACAGUAAAGGAAGGGUCAAGGUUUUGGAACAAAGGGCAUUAUUCUCUUAUCUUUAAAAGAUUGACUUGAAUCUUAUGGAAUGUAUUAGAUAUUCAAAACAUUGGCCAGGGCCAAACCUAGCACACUUUGGCCAAAUACGUUUUAUUUUGGUUGACAAAAACAAAAGCACAAUUCAGCUUGAGAUGGUGCGAUGCCCAGAUCCCUUUUACUAAGCAGCCAUUUUGUUCUGACUAGGAGCCAUCUAUUUUCAUUUAUUGGUGAGUUUGGCUUUACAUGUACAAAAAUAAACAUGCCCUUACAGAACAGAGCAUUGAACAAUGUUGUGACACUUACUAACCAAAAUAUUUGGGAAGCUGGCUUUUCAUUGUGUGCAUGAGUAUGUAUUUGUACUGUAAUUAUAAAACAAACAAAAAAACGAUGUUGAAGUUUUUCUGUUCUUCCAGUGUACAGUAGGGUCAACUUCAGCCAAGGUCUGAGGGACAGCCUCAGUGGCACAGAGAAAAACUGAAUGGAUGAGAACUACUAUGUGUAAUGUACCUACAGAUAUUGACAUGCUCGCCCUUCCACUCUUCACUAUAGAAUACUAUUCAUUCCCAGAAUAAAACCAGUCAGCCCCUGUUACUCUCCUCUAGUUGAAAACAGGGUGUUGCAGCAACAAACAAAAAAAGGAUUUUUAAGAUGUGUCUUUACUUUUGGAGUGUUUUUGUUUUGUUCUGCUCGGUUAAGACUUUCUGAAAAAAGAUUAAAUGCACAGACAGAGCUGACGUUAUUGUAAUGACUUGUGUAAAUUACUUUCUCUUCCCUUUCCAUUGUUGUUGCUGACUAAUAAAUUAAAGCUCUAUAUUUAUAAA